AUGGCGGCGCAGAUGUCGCUGCGCCAGGCCGGGAAGCUGCUGGCGCUCGUGGCGCUGAUCGUCCUCGCCGUGCGCGCCGUGCUGAACCAGCCCGCCGCGUCGGCGCCGGCGCCGCCGGCGUCGCACGUCUUCGGCGCCCCGGGCGCGGGCCGGGCGCCGCCGGCGGCGAGCGCGACGGGCGCGCUCGAGUUCGUCGGCGCGGUCGCCGAGGCCGCGUCGCGCGCCGAGGCCGCGGCGGCGGCGCGGUCCGCGGCCGUCGCGGAGAAGCUGCGGGCCGAGCAGGCCCGGGCCGCCGUCGCGCCCGCGCCGCGGACGCCGUCGAAGGCGGCGGACCCGCCGGACACGCGAUGCGCGAUGCUCGCGAAGAUCAGGGCAGCAAAAGAGAGCGAAAUUCCCGACUUCAAAGGCUCAUAUCUCGGCCGUUUUCCACUCGCGAAGAUGCCCGCGCUGCCGGCGACGCUCAAGGCCGAGUACGACGCCCUGAGCUGCGACGGCGUACUCAAGACGCUCGCGGCGGCGCUCGCCGCCGCCGACGCCGCCGCGCCGAAGGCCGACGGGCCUCUGGGUCCGAGGGACGAAUGCCGCGCGAUGAUGGCCAAGCACAGCGUGGCGCCGGGCUCGUCAUGGGGCAGCCUCGGCCCCAACGGCCAGCGGCGCUGGGGCAGCCUGCGCUGCGACGGCCUCGUCAAGGGCGCCAAGAACACGCCGUCGAAGGCCGCCGCGGACCGCGCGCGGAAGUCGACGCUCCCCUCGAGCAGGCAGGUCACGCUCGAGACGUGCCCGAAGUCGACGGAGCCGCUGCCCCUCGUCGCCGUCUGCUGCGGCACGACGACGCGCGGCAAGGGCGGCUGGAUCACGCCGCGGCCCGACGCCUUGGAGGAGCUCGCGGUCUUCGACCACCUGCUGCCGUCCUUCGUGCGCACGGUGGACUGCGGCUUCCGCUACGCCGUCGUCCUCGGCUACGACGUCGGCGACAAGUUCUGGGACCUCGGCGACGGCGCGACGCUCGCGCGCGCGUGGUUCGACGAGAACGUCAAGAGCGUGCUCGCGGCCGCGAACGUCGAGGCCGAGCUCCGCUUCGCCGUCGUCGACAACAAGAUCAAGAAGCCGGGCCCCGUCUUCACGGCCAUCACGCGCCACGCCUACUACGAGGCCAAGGCCGACUACAUCUACCGCGUCAACGACGACACGGAGCUCGCGACGCGGUGGGCGAAGCACUUCGUCGCCGCCCUCGCGACCAUGGACAACGUCGGCGCCGUCGGGCCCAUGUGCAAGCAGGGCAACCGCAAGAUCCUCACGCACGACUUCACGCACCGCAAGCACAUGGACAUCUUCGAGGGCACGUACUACCCGCCGGAGCUCAGCGACUGGUGGAUGGACGACUGGAUCUCCGGCGUCUACGGCGCGGACCGCACGCUCCGGGGCGAGGUCGUCGAGGUCGUCCACCACACUGGCAAGCACGGCCAGCGCUACGGCGUCGACAAAUCGCACGCGGGGCUGCUCAAGGGCCUCCUCGCCGGCGGGAGCAAGAAGAUCCAGGCCUACGUCGCCAAGUCCAACGCCGGGAUCGCGCAACCGCCGCGGGGCUUCAGCCGCUUCCGGGCGAAGCUGCGCCGGUAA